GGGUACGACGAUGCCAUGAACCCCAUCAGGACGUACCAGGUGUGUAACGUCAUGGAGAUGAAUCAGAACAACUGGCUGAGGACGGAUUUCAUCCCCCGGAAGGACGUGCUGAGGGUCUACGUGGAGCUGAAGUUCACGGUUCGGGACUGUAACAGCAUUCCCAACAUCCCCGGCUCCUGCAAGGAGACCUUCAACCUCUUCUACUACGAGUCCGACUCCGACUCGGCCACCUCCACCAGCCCCUUCUGGAUGGAGAACCCGUACGUCAAAGUGGACACCAUCGCGCCCGACGAGAGCUUCUCCAUGCUGGAGUCGGGGCGGGUCAACGCCAAGAUCCGCAGCUUCGGCCCGCUCUCCAAAAGCGGCUUCUACCUGGCCUUCCAGGACCUGGGGGCGUGCAUGUCGCUCAUCUCCGUGCGAGUGUUCUAUAAGAAGUGCUCCACCGCCAUCGCCAACUUCGCCGUCUUCCCCGAGACUGCGACAGGCGCCGAAGCAACGUCUUUAGUGAUCGCCCCGGGGACGUGUGUCCCGAACGCGGUGGAACAGUCCGUCCCUCUGAAGCUGUACUGUAACGGGGACGGAGAGUGGAUGGUUCCUGUGGGCUCCUGCACCUGCAUGGCUGGGUUCGAACCGGCCAUUAAGGACUCGCAGUGUCAAGCCUGCAGUCCUGGACUGUUUAAGUGGAAGCAGGGGGACGGUGUGUGUAUGCCGUGUCCACCCAACAGUCGAUCCAUCUCCGCCGCCUCGUCCAUCUGCAGCUGCAGGAACGGGUUCUACCGCGCCGACAGUGACACGCCCGAUACCGCCUGCACCGCGCCCCCUUCAGCCCCCCGCAGCGUGAUCUCCAACGUGAACGAGACGUCUCUGGUGCUGGAGUGGAGCGAACCCAAGGAACUGGGCGGCCGCGACGACCUGCUGUAUAACGUCAUCUGUAAGAAGUGCGUGGCGGAGCGCGGGGCGUGCACGCGGUGCGACGAUAACGUGGACGUGUCGCCGCGUCACCUGGGCCUGACCGAGCGCCGCGUCACCAUCCGGAACCUGCAGGCGCACACGCAGUACAGCUUCGAGAUCCAGGCCGUCAACGGGGUGUCCAACAAGAACCCUUACCCGCCCCACUACAUCUCCGUCAACAUCACCACCAACCAGGCUGCUCCGUCAGCAGUUCCCUCUGUGUACCUGAUGGGGGCGUCGGCGAGCACCAUGAGUCUCUCCUGGCUUCCACCCAUGAACCCAAACGGAAUCAUUCUGGAUUAUGAGAUUAAAUAUCACGAGAAGGAUCAGGGGGAGGCCAUCUCACACACCAUGACGGCUCAGAGGAGUUCGGCGAGGAUCGAGGGGCUGAAGGCCGCCACCGCGUACGUGGUGCAGGUCCGAGCCCGAACGGUGGCUGGAUACGGUCGCUAUAGCAACCCAACCCACUUCAGCACCAACCACAACGUGGAUAUGGAGAAGUCUCUGCAGGAACAGUUGCCGUUGAUCGUGGGCUCAGCGACGGCCGGGCUCGUCUUCAUCAUCGCCGUGGUCGUCAUCGCCAUCGUCUGUCUCAAGAAACAGAGGAACGGCUCCGAGUCCGAGUACACCGAAAAACUCCAGCAGUACAUGAGCGCCGGGACCAAGGUCUACAUCGACCCCUUCACCUACGAGGACCCCAACGAAGCCAUACGAGAGUUCGCUAAAGAGAUCGACAUCUCCUGCGUGAAGAUCGAGGAGGUGAUCGGAGCAGGAGAAUUCGGAGAGGUGUGCAGGGGGCGUCUGAAGCUCCCCGGCCGGAGGGAGAUCAUCGUAGCCAUUAAGACUCUGAAGGUGGGCUACACGGAGAGACAGAGGCGGGACUUCCUGAGUGAGGCCAGCAUCAUGGGACAGUUCGACCAUCCCAACAUCAUCCGUCUGGAGGGCGUGGUCACCAAGAGCCGACCUGUCAUGAUCCUCACCGAAUUCAUGGAGAACGGAGCGCUGGACUCUUUCCUCCGGCUGAACGAUGGUCAGUUCACGGUGAUCCAGUUGGUGGGGAUGCUGCGCGGUAUAGCCAGCGGGAUGAAGUACCUGUGUGACAUGAACUACGUGCACCGCGACCUCGCCGCCCGCAACAUUUUGGUCAACAGUAACCUGGUGUGUAAGGUGUCCGACUUCGGCCUGUCCAGGUUCCUGGAGGACGAUCCCGCUGACCCCACCUACACCAGCUCAAUGGGAGGGAAGAUCCCCAUUCGCUGGACCGCGCCCGAAGCCAUCGCCUACAGGAAGUUCACCUCAUCCGGCGACGUGUGGAGUUACGGGAUCGUCAUGUGGGAAGUGAUGUCAUACGGCGAGCGCCCAUACUGGGACAUGAGCAACCAGGACGUCAUAAACGCGGUAGAGCAGGACUAUCGCUUACCCCCGCCCAUGGACUGUCCCACUGCGCUGCACCAGUUGAUGCUGGACUGUUGGGUGAAGGAGCGGAACCUCCGACCCAAAUUCUCUCAGAUCGUCAACACGCUGGAUAAACUCAUCCGCAACGCCGCCAGCCUGAAGGUGGUGGCUAACACGCCCUGCGGGGCGUCGCAGCCGCUGUUGGACCGCAGCGUACCCGAUUACUCCACCUUCACCACCGUGUGCGACUGGCUCGACGCCAUCAAGAUGAGCCGCUACAGAGAGAACUUCCUGAACGCCGGCUUCGCCUCCUUCGACCUCGUGGCCCAGAUGACCUCAGAGGAUCUGCUGAGGAUAGGCGUGACUCUCGCCGGCCACCAGAAGAAGAUUUUGAGCAGCAUUCAGGACAUGAGACUGCAGAUGAACCAAACUUUACCUGUGCAGGUGUGAAACUGGAAAUGGGCGGGGGAAGUUUUCUGCCUAGCUGCCUGACCAACCGGAAUUAAAACUCAGCUCACGGUGCCUCAGACCAUCGACGACCGUCCCCGCGCGCCCCACUCCCCGUUCCCUCUAUGCCACGGUGCAUUAUGGGUAUUUUGUCUACCUUUAUAUGGACGCCAGCCUGCUGCAGUGCAUUGUGGGAUUUCAGAGUGCACUACGCCCUUGGAUGAAGUAGUGCCCUUAGUAGUGAACAUUUAGGCCAGACGUUUGUUACAGUUAUUUUAUAGAUUUUUUAUUGGAACUCCGUCUGCAUGUGUGUUUUUAUUUCUUCUUUCUUCCUGCGAUGAGGUCAGCUGGGACACGCCCACUUUUUUCUGAGCCUCGUCACUUCCUCCCGUGAUGGACGCUGAACACUAGGAGGAGGAACGGACCCCGCUUGUGGAUUUGGACUAAACAAACGAGGAACGGAGACGAGAUGGGACAGAAAACUGAUUUAUUUAGUACUAGGAGUUUUAUUUUGUACGAAUGUGUGUGUGUGUGUGUGUGUGUGUGUGUGUGUGUGUUGCAUCUUCAUAUUGAAGGUGCAUUAGUGCAAGAGUUGACAAACAGUCAGAUGAUCAGAAUCAGAACUCACAGCCACAGUUUUCAUUUUGAGUUUAUUUAUGUUCCAGUCCUGGUUCUGUGCACGCUUUUCCACUUUCCCAUCAUCUGGACUGAGAUUAGAUUACCCAGAAUGCACUGCUGCAGUGUAAUCUAUUAAUAUAGAAGCAAUAAACCCUUUUGUAUCUCGAGCUCUUAGUGUGGACUGUGUUCAGAUUUGCUUUUUCUUCACCUGUACAAUAAACACGACCUGUGCUCCUCGGUUCUUUCAUUUAGAAGUGUUCUGAUUGGCUAAGCCUGUGAGGAAAAUGCGACCACGCCCGCUUCUGCAUUCUCGGCUGCGACUUCGGUUUCUGUAUGUGGACGGGGUUACGACUGUUAAUUCAAAACGUAUGAAAAUAUUACAGGUUACAGACAGUGAAUUUAAUCUUGGGAGACGUCCUGCAUCAUUAGGGUGGGCUAUACUGCUGUAUGAGAUCAGCAAGAAAUCCAGGAGCUGAACAAUUGACUUUUUUUCUGUAUUCGGGCGUCGCCACAGCAGAUCUGGUCCUCAUACCAGAUUUGGCACAGUUUUAUGCCGGAUGCCCUUCUUGAAGCAACCCGGUUAUUUUUAUCCUCUCUACCAUCCUUGGACGUUAGCCAAUUAGCCAAACAUGCCGAAAGCGCUGCUGAAUUUUCAACCCUGGAUCCCCAGAUCUUAGCAGUAGCGGGCUAGCGUACUUUACCGCGACACUCCCCAAGCAUCCAAAAUGCUAGUCUGAAACGUUGAAGGUUUUUUUACUCGUAGCUUGCUGAUUGUGCUGAAACGCAAUCCUUCAAUUAUUAAACGUGACUGAAUCCCUGCAGGAAGAACAGAACUUCAUUCAUUCAUUCAUUUAAGAGUUUAUUUAUGGCCGUCCAUUACGUUAGGACUGUUAGAACCAUAAACACUACAGACUGGCCUUGUCCUGAGCCCGAGUGUGUGUGUGUGUGUGUGUGUUAGUUAAUUAAACGUAUAAAUAUGCACAUUAAUACUGUACAAUACUGCUUUAGCUCCAGUCGGGGAUUAAACAUCGCAUGUGUCGAGAAGCAAUUAUAUUUCAAUCAGCUGUAAUUCUGUGGACGAUUAUUAAGGACUGUUUUUAUAAAUGAAAUGCAUUUUAUAGAAAUCUGAAUUAUUAUUAUAAAUAAAUAAAUAAAUGCGUAUGCGGCGUGUGUAUGAAACCUGCGUACGCGUUAUAGAAGUGGAGAUAGAUAUUGCUGAUAUGCAAUAUAAAUAUGCAUCAUUCACAGACUGAACUGAAACGUUCUGGGGUUUUAUCAUCUUUAUCAUCUUUUUUCUGUUGGAUUGUUGAGCUCAUGCUAUUUAUUACUUCAUUCCCCUGAAAUCUUCUCCGUGAAGAUGAGGAUGGACGACCGAACAGAAGAACCCACCAGCCCUGAACCCACCGGCCCUGAACCCAUGUCCAUUCUGAAAUGUUAAUGUUGUUGUUCUAAACAGCCUGCUCAUGUUUUGUAACACAAAUUACCAUAUAAAUAACGUGAAAUGGG